AGUCAGUUGGGCCACUAGUCACUUUCCUGAUGUUUUAACGAAAACUUGUUGCUACUUCUGAAUAGAAAAAAUGGAGGAGGAACAGGAAAGCGAACCCCCGAAGCCAAUCAACCUGUUCUCCUUCCUGCCGUACGCCUGCGGACAGCUGCAGGCGCCCUUCGACCUGCAAAUCAUACCCUAUACUCAAUUCCAGCCAUCGCUGAGGAGGAGACGCUCGCGUCGUAGCUCUAGCAUGGCGCGUAGCUCGGCCGCCUCGGCGGCAUCGUCCGGCUGGCGACGCGGACCGAUCAAUAUCAUCGUCGUCGAGGACCUGCUGGGCCACGUCCUCGAGAUCAUAUUUUGGCGCUGUAAAAUGAUCCCUGCUUUGCUUCUCAAGAUAAUUUCUCUCUGCAUCCCCUUUCAUCCGAACUUAAACAAAAUAUCGGUUCGGUGGGGACCCUCGCGAGGAUUCGCCCUAAAGGAGAUCGUAAAAUUUCUUCCGGCAUCCUACCUGACCGAAAUCUGUCUUGACGACUCGCCGAUCCCUCGGCACGACGUCCACACGCUGCUCGAAGAGAGCACGUCGCUGCGGUGCCUAUCCCUCGCGCGUUGCAUCCUCGACGACGAGGCGUGCGCCCUCCUCGCCGGGCGUCUGCACUACCCGAUGCCCGCCGCGACCUCGCUGCAGGCGCUCACGCUCAGCUCUAACCUCAUCUCGGAGGCGGGCGCCGCCGCCUUAGCUGCCGCUCUGCGCUCCAACCGUGCGCUGCGACACCUCGAUCUGGCCGACAACGCGCUCUCCGCCGCCGGCGUCGCACAUAUAUUUCGAACCCUCGGCGAGUUUCCGCUGUCGGACGAUGAGCAUAUGGGGAGAAAUCGGCGUCGCUUCGAGUAUUUAAAAUUACGCAAUGAAAUCUUCCCUCCGCAUCACAAGGAACCUUCGAAAACUUUGUCGAAGAUAGAGCGGAGGAGCACGAUGUUAUCCAUCAGACGAUCCACAAGGAAGCUGUCCCCGGACGCCGACAAAGAGAACGUGGUUCCAAUAAGAAGCAGGCAGAAGCUGGGGAGCAGAUUGAUGAGCAAGGUGGCGAGUAAGGCGUUACUAGGGCCGGUGCCCUCGUGGCAAUCGCUCAGUGCAGAAGAGACGUUGUCGUCCCUGACGGUGCCCUCGAGCGUGCCGGGUGCGCAAAGUGCGCCGAGCGUACCUGACGCAGCAGGGACGGCGCGCCUGGCUAGCUUAUUGCAGCUGAAGCGGGACCCAUUCAGCAAGUACAAGACUUUCGUACGAAAUGGAAUAGUGUUUUCGUUCGGCAACAUGAAGCUGGCCUCGCUGAAUCUGGCCUACAACCGACUUGACCGCUCCAGCGUCGGGCUACUGUGCCGCGUGCUGGCGCAGCAGGCGGCAUGGCGUGACGUGCACGCGCCCGCGCACGGACUCGCGCAUGCUCACGACCAGUCACACCCAAAUACGCACGAGCAGUCGCACGCACAUGUGCAAGGACAUGCACUUGCGCACGAGCAGACGCUCACGCAUGUCCACGGGCAAGCGCACGAUGUAGGUGGUUUGCUGCAUGUCCAGCUCGACGGCAACCCCGUAGCCGAGGACAGCGCGGAGCUGCGCGAGUUGCAGACGCUGCUAGAGCGCGCGCUCAGCGUCAGGGAGGAGCGGCCCGCGCGCCGAAAGCCCGCCCACAAACAUUACCCUCAUAAGCAUUAAAACAACUUGGCAUCGCCUUUUUAGUACCCAUUAGGAAUGGAUUGUUUUUAAAUUCCUCGGAUGCUUUAUAUUACCUAAGCAACUCCGACCGCCUUUCUCCAAUACCAACCAGUGUUCUAUUUGAUGUCUGAUUACUUUUCUCCGGAUGACAAAUUGUUUUAUUCUUAAGCUCAAAAUAGAUUUUUAAUAUUAAGUGAUUCGUUUUUUCUAUAAUACUAGCUGUUGUUCGCGACUUCGUCAUCGUGAAAUUUAAAAAAUAGCCUAAGUUACUCCCUCGUGUAUCAACUACGUUCCAGUACAGUUCCGCCAAAAUCGGUCUGGUCGUUUUACCCGGAACAAAUGCAGAUUUGCGGAUAGGACAGAUUAAAAUUGUUUUUGUUAUAAGCAACGCAAACACAUUAUGUUCACGAAAUACGCUAUGAUUUUAUG